AUGGCACAAUCACCCCUCACAGGGGAACACGAGGAGACAGACAGAUGCUGUCGAGAGCACGACCAGUGUCAGCACGUCAUCCACCCCUUCACCGUUGGCUAUGGCCAUCACAACUUCCGCUGGCACACCAUCAGCCACUGUGACUGUGACACAAGGCUGAAGCAGUGCCUGCAGCGGGUGAAUGACGCUGCCUCCCGAGCUGUCGGUCAAGCCUUCUUCAACGUCAUCCAGGUGCCCUGCUUUGAGCUCACCUAUAAGGAGCAAUGUGUGGAGCGCUACUGGUAUGGCUGGUGUAAAAGCUACGGCCCCGUGCCCCGGGCAGUGCUCCGUGACCCCGUGCUCUAUGAGUUUGGGGGAGAGUUCAUCAGCGUCCUGUCUCACACCUCCCCACCUCUGGGCAGGACUCCCACUCCAGGCCUCGGGGUUGCCACCCAAAGCUGCAGGGUCCAGUACUCUCCAGCACAGCCGGCAGCUCGGGAUGGUAAGGGCACUGAGAAGGGGGAGGAGAAAAAGGAGAAAAGGAAGAGGAAGAAGGGCCUUUUGCUGACACUAGCUCCAGGCCCGGAGCCCCAGCUGGUGAAGCAGCUUGACAGCAAAACUUCAGCGCUCACAGUCAAUGAGGCAGCAGCCCCGGCUCGCGGUGGCAAGGAUGAUGGUUUUAAUGACGCGUCUCACGAUGAACCCAAAGCAGAGGAACUGCCAGAGCCCACUCCCAGAAAGACAGAGGUCGGGACCACGGCCCGGCCAAAGAAGGGCAGGAGGAAGGGGCAUCGCGGAAAGAAAGGGCACAGAAAGGGCGCUGUGCCCUCGAGGCCCAGCCUCAGCUGAUGGGGGUUGGGGUGCAUCCAGUGCCUGGCACUCUCCUAAUGGGCUUUCCCUUGCUUCUCCACUGGCACUGGUGCCUAAGAACUUAGAGGGCUGCAGCCACGGAGGCACGGGCAGGGUUUUCUGGUUGCCAUCCAGAGGCUAUUAGCUACCGGAGGAACUGUGAAGAGGGAUGGGCGUGAGUGGAAUCAAGACGAACACUUCCACCCUCACCUCUGGCUCAGGGAGUGAGCAGGGGAAGGGCCGAGGCUCAGCUCUUUGACAGGGCACAGCUGUUUCCGGAGACGGCCCAGGGCGGGAGAUACAGCUGUGCUAUAGCAAAGGGAGAAAAGGGGGCCGUGGGGGGUGGAGAGGCCGCAUCUGUCCUGAGCUCCUCUUCGGGAGACAGGACUGACUGCUGGGUGUGAUAAUAGUGCUGAAACAAAAUCAUUUCACUUUCUGCUCUGUGUCUGCAUCAAUCAGUCGACCCCGAGGGCGGAAGAGAGUCCGGAUAGGGAGGUGGGUGGCAAUGACCACUAACCGUUCUGAUGAUGGUAUGGGUGAAGUCUGGAGGAUGGGCAGAAAUGGGCAGCUGAGCUUCUCAGGGCUGGCCACUAGACCUGGCACAUCUCCUGCCUUGCAUAUAAAGUGCUCAAAGGACCAGAAACCAACUCCCUAGCUGGAUGGCCUGGCUCCCCUCCCCCUGCUCAGUAAGGCCAGGGUGGGGGGGGGGGUAGUCUCCGGGAGAAGGGCUGCCUAAGCUUGCCUUUCCCCCUCCUCUCCGCCCCAGGGUGGGAGAGGGAACGGGGGAAGGGCCAGCCCAUUUUCCCAGGCUUCUCUAACAAAGCUGGGCUGAAGCCCUUGUAAAGGAGGCACCCAGGGGCCAGGAGGAGGUGUUGGGACUGGUGGUGAUGGGGGAGGGGGCGGGGACUGGGCCUGGCAGUCCCAAAUGCCCAGGGUGGCUGUGGAGACCAGUCUCACCAGCAAUGCUGAGGCCGUCUCCAGGACGAACACUGAACAGAACUGCUGAGGCGGCAGCAGGGGCGUGACGAGAACCUUAGCGAGGCACGGGCAAGAACAAGAACUCGGCACAUGCUUGGGAUGGAGGGAGGGGAGAGGACGCUGCCCUAGGGUAGGGAGAAAGGAACGAGGCGGCCUGAGAUGUUUUUUCAUCACAGGUCCCAAGAAAAAUCCUCCUCAGGCUCUGGAAUAACACGGGAACCUCAAGAGUCCAGCCUUUUCCUUGUCUUGCCUGGGCUGCUUGAUCUGAACACAGGGCAGAGAGAGAGAGUGUGACAG